CCGAUAUCCCGCCUGUCUCUUCUCCCUCUCCCCCUGUGAAUCAAGAGCAGCGUCCACCAUGAAUCCCCCACGCCAGCCGUAACCAACUUACAUCUUGCCCAAAUGAUCCAUACGGCCACUACUAAGCAGUCCGAAUGGAUGAGCAACUUGAUCCAAAUGCAGGCCGCUCAUAUGGAGCGGAUGGAACAGAGAAUGAGCAGACUAAUUAAGCCUAACCCGGCCCCUGCUCGGACUGCCCCUGCAUCAUUUCCGCUCUUGCCUGCCCCGCCUGCUCAAGGGUACGCACCUCAAUUCCCUCACCUAGCUAAUCCAGCAGGAAAGAUCGAGUGUUUUAACUGCAAACAGCCCAGACAUUUCGCCCGAGACUGCCCACAGCCAAAGCGUAGUCAGCCCCCACCUGCGGCGGCCCCUAUGGCCCUGAAUCAAGGACGAGUGGCCGCACUAAUGGAUUCGGCCCAAGGAGGGGAACUCGUGGCAUAUGCCCCAGAGCAGCCUUCCCCUUCGACGACCAUGGCGUCGACAUCAGGAGCUUCCUCCUCUGACGCUGCUGACGUGGUCGAUCCACUCGAAUACCUUCAUCUUGCAGGUGUGGUCGGAGCGAUCCAAUCGGCCCCUGAUGAUCUCGAAUGGGUCGAUCGCGAAUCCAAUCCUGGUCCGCAGUUUCGAACAGGAGAGAUUGAUGUGUUACGAGCGCUCAAACAAUUGGAUAUUCGUGUUCCGAUCCUGGUGGGACAUCUGCUCACCAUAUCUGAAGCGGCGAACGAUAAACUUUUACAACAUUGCCAGAAAAAUCAAAAGCGCUUCACCUAUCAGCACUUACAACGGAUGUUAAAGAAGAAGGAAGGAAGCGAGGAAGGUGUACAGCCCGAACUCGAAGCCGGUGAACCUGAGGCUGCACGAAUAACAGCGAUCGCUUUAGCCGAAAAAUAUCACUUCAAGGUGGCAGCUGUCAGGGAUGCGCCGGUGCUUACAACUAUCAUACAAGUUUGCGCCUUUCUGGGCCUGGCCACGUACUACCGAAGAUUUAUCAAGGGCUUCGCGGCGAUUGAGGGACCCCUCACAAAUCCGCUGCGCAAAGAUCAGCCGUUGAUCUGGACGUUGGAAUGCGAUCAAGCGUUUUCCAAACUCAAGGCCGCUCUCAUUUCGGCUCCGGUCCUUAUAAGAGAAAAGCCUUUUGUUCUCAUCACUGACUGGCAGCCAGAGGCAAUUUCGGCGAUCCUUGCCCAAGUGGGACCAAGCGAACUCGAGAGUGUGGUGGAGUAUGCGUCCAAAUCGGUGCCCGCUUGCAAGCGCAACUACGCCGCUCCAACGGGGGAAUGCCACGCGGCUUUCUGGGGAAUCAGCCACUUUCGCGCUUACCUAUACGGGCAAAAGUUCACCUUGGUAACUGAUCAUGAGCCCCUGUUGGCUCUGAAGAAAUCGAAGGAUUACUCGGGCAUGAUCGGGCGAUGGACAACGGUGCUGCAGAGCAUGGACUUUGACAUUCGUCAUCGGAAACACGAGAGACACGGGAAUGCGGACGGACUGAAACGACUGCACCGGCCUGAGAAAGUUCCGAAAAGUGAGGAGGUGAUUCCAUGGAACGAACCCGAACAGGAGAUCGGACCUCGGUACGGCCAAGUGGAGAUCUUGUCGAAGCCAACAAGCUACGUCACCACGGUCGCGGCGUUCAGCGGCGACAUCAACUUGGUCAAUCCGCAAAGGCAUACCGCGAUCUUGACUUCACUGCGCGAGUGGACGGAGCAGGUGUCCAACAUGGGGCAGCACGUUCUCGCCCGGCCUGGGCACAAUCUCAUCCCGACCUUUGCUCCGGAUCUUGGCGACAUCCGUCGUUCUCCGCGCGAGCGGCCAGUUGUGACGUGGACGCAGACCAGCGAGCAUCCUGCGUGGAUCGAAAAUCCGGAGUUGCUGAUCAUCCAAGCUUGGAGGACUAACGUGGAGGGUGAUCUUCUUGGCUUUCUCUUUGGAUCAGUACAGCUGGGGCGCCGCCAACUGAUUGCAAAGGAGCUCAUCGCGCCGAUCGUGCAAUUGGCGGACGAUCUCUCGCCCGACAUCUAUUCACAGAGUGACGACAAUCCUGCGCCGCACGUUCUCGAGCGGUCAUUGAAUCCAUAUCUUCAGUGGACUGCGUGCUUGAAGGAGCCCAGGGAUGAAGAUACGCUGCGGUCGCGGCAGGAGUAUUUGAAGCCGUACGAUAUCAUCCCUCACGCCUUCUAUCCGAGGGCAGAGGAAGUGCUGAUCGACAACGACGACGAAGAGGAGGAAGACGAGGAAACAUUGGAGGAGGGAAGCUAUAGCGAAUAUAGCGAGGGUGAGCUGAGUGAAGCAGAAGAGGAGGAAGAAGAAACCGGAUCUGAGUGGGAAGCCUUGCCGGAGGAAGCGACGCGCACGGGAACGGAGGCGGAAGAUCCGGAAACGGCGCGAAGGCGCGAAGAAAUUGCCACUGCGAAGUGCCAGCUGGAGUUCGCUUGCGAAGCCAACCUGCGCAUCGGUAACGAUCCGACCAGAGAUCCAGAGCCGCCAAAGCCCGAAAAUGGCGACCCUGCAGCCGCCACCUCAAGUACCGCGCGACGGAGACGGAGCCGAUCCCCCUCCUCCUUCAGCCCCACCCGUCCCCCAGUUCGCCCACGUACCGAUGCGGGCAAUAGGCCUUCGUCCUCGGAUGCUAUCCCGCCGACCCCUUGAUUUUCUCACCCUCGAACAGAUCCGCAACCCCGUCA